CAGUGGCACUAAUAGCAGCUUUUGCUUAUGAAAUAGCCGGGGGUUUCCUAGCAACUACAGACCAGCGAGCCUUUAUUUUGCAUGUUGCUAGGCAACAACUUACUGCAGUUCGUUCGGGUCAUACCAGUCGAAUACUCACCCUGAGAAGAUUUACAAGUAGGAAAUUGUGCGUGUAAAUCAUUAUAGAGUUCAGUGGUGUAAAUACAUUGCAUUUUGACCUCCAUCUGGCGGCUGUUGCUGGGAUGCUGACUCUACGUCCCGGCUGCGGCGUCACCAUGGGGAAGAAGGAUUCGCUGCGGUCGCUGCUGCUGAGGGCCUGGCGGGAGCGCUGGGAUGAACAGGUCUGGGGCAUCGCCAUCAAACAGAUUUUGCCGCGUGGUGUCAGCGGUGACGUAUACGAUCUGGCUCCGACGAUGCUGCAACUCUCCACUGUGGGACCCACCAUGAAGACAAUCAUCUUCAAAUACAUCAAACACUCGCUCUGCUCGGGAAUCAUCUCCCAUCAGGCGGUACUGGAAGCGGUGGCCGGGUUCCGCAGCUUCGAAAAGAUCCACUGUCUCUCCGCCUGUCUGGAUAUUGUCUCCAUGGUCGAGUCUCAGGUGCAGUGUCGCGGUAAGCAGGAGGAGUGUAUGGACCUGGCUCGCUCGGUCCUCUCGCUGGUGGAGUGGCUCUCUGCCCUGCUGGAGGCUGGCGUUGACCCUGCCGCCGCCGCCGACCCCGCCCGUCAGGCGCUCAAUCUGAAGCUGGCCGCGCUCGCCGAGCUGGUGGCCAGGAACAGGUUCCUGGCCGCGCUGCUGUACCUCGGCAGGCUCGAGGAUCAGGGCAAGGUGCUGGCCGUCACCAAGCUGCUGGGACGGCUGGAGCAGGAACUGGAACCGACCAGCGACCACCUCAGUGUCGUCAAACAGCUGCGCUCGCUGCUGGAGUACGACCCAUCGUCGGGUCUGUGGCCGGUGCCGGCGCCGGCCCGCGAGCACCCCAUCAUCCGCGCCGUGCACUGCCUGGUGCAGGUGGAGCUGAGCUGCUUCCGGGUCCGGCCGCCGCAGGCACUGGCGGAUCGGCUCAUCAGGCUGAAGGAGACGCAGGGGAUAUCAGCCGAGGAUCUGUACUUCAACAUCGUGCGCACCUGCUGCGAGGGUCUCUCCCAGGCGGUGGGCACGGACAUGGGCCGCUACUGGGUCCAGUUCACGUACCACCGGCUGCCCAAGCUGAUGGUCUGUCUCAACAACGGACUCGCAGGCUCCGGAGCACCUUCCGCGGCCCUGGCCGCCGCGUUCCACCGUCUGGUGUCGGCCGGUGGUCAGCUGGACCUCGUGGAGCUGCUCUACAACCGGGACGGACACGCCGGCCAGGACACUCUGGAGCUGCUGCUGCGAGAGAUGCUGAAGGCGGAGGUCAUCACCGAGGAGGACCUGCAGAGCAUCAUGAAACUCAGGGUAUCGGUGAGCCGUGCGUCCCGUCUGCGCCAGCUCCAGUCCACCCUCUCCCAGGACUGUCCCGGUGACAGCCCCGGCAGCAUCCUCCGCGCCGAUCCGACCGUCAAGAGCAUCCUGAACACGAUGGAGGUGCAGCAGCAGGAGGCUGGCAUCUCCAAGAUCACCACCGUGCUCUUCCACAUGCUCGGGCCGUCCCAGCAUCUGGUCAUCGGCGCAGCCGUCGGCAUCGGCAAGGUCCAGCAGCUGAUGAAGCAUCUCAUCAUGCUGAACAGCCUGCGGACGUCGUCAUCGGCCGAGUCGCCGUCCAUCAAGAACCAGGCGAUCCUCUUCGAGGUCACUUUCCUCAUCGUCAUGACUACCGUCAAAAACUACGGCCUGGAGGCGCUGCCACCGGCCGGCUCUCUGACGUGCCCCGACACGGGCACAGAGCCAUUCAUCCAGCGGUGGAUUCGUCUGUUCUACCGGCCUGCCGACGGACGCAGCGUGCUGAGCCUGACGGAGCUCGGCGAGCCGUCCCGCUUCACUCAGCUGUACGAGCAGCUGAUGACACCCGGAGCCAACCUGCUCGUCAGCGCUGUCCGUUGGGACGAGGUCUGUCUCUCGGUCCCCGCCUUCAUCUACUGGCUGCUGCUGGCCUGGUCGGACGGACAGGUCUCUCAGGAGCAGGUUCAGACGGUGGUCGACAACAUGAACCGGCAGUGGGCCUGCCUCUCCGUCUGCGUGGUCGUCUUUCUCAAGUCGGUUCUUCAGAGCUCCGACGAGCGUCUGGCCCAGAAGGCGCGGGUGCUGGUGAACAUGUACCUUGCGCCGGUGCCUGCCGACUGCCUGCCCACCGGCGACCAGGCCCACGAGAGGCUCGCCCUGGCCCAGAGCAUCAUGCACCACGUGCUGGAUGACUUCCUGCCACGAGACGGUGCAGUGCGUAUCCAGUCCGGCGGUGAGGAGCCGGCCGCCCUCUUAGUGCAACUUCGCCAGCUCUGGGACUCUGUGGUGUCGGCGGGCUCGCUGUCGGACAGUGACAUUACCGAGUUCCGGCGGCUUCUGGCGCGCGGCGGCGCCGCCUGGUUCGUCAGCUCCACUGUCAGCAUGGUGCUGGACUUCCCAUUCGAGCGCGAGCGGCAGCGUGCGGAGGAGAUGGCCCUGGCGGUGUUCCACCUGGACCUGCCGCUGUGCGCGCUGGCACUCGCCUCGCACGUGCUGGUCGACUUCUUCGGUAACGGACACGGCCACGCGGCCGCCUCGGAGCCCAAGCUGGCGUGUCUGGCCCGCAUGACUGUCACAGUUCUCCUGCUGGCCGCCGACGGCCCGGAGCCUGUGACCGGCGUGUCGCCCGAGUACCAGCGACUGCGGUUCCAGCUGCUGAUGCAGCCGGCGCCGGCCACGCCGCCCACCCCCGACCUCAUCUCGGCCGACGAGUACGAGCGGCCGCUGGCGCCGGCGGCCGAGGCGGCGGUGCCGGCCGUGGCCCGCGCCGUCCGACUCAUCGCCGCACAGAUCGCCGCGGUCGCCUAUGAUAGCAGGAUGACAGUAUGGACGCACUUCUCAGUCCAAUACAUCACAGAGGCGGCGCGUCGCGGCGGACCGCGGAUGCACGUCCUGCUCGGAUCGCUCACUCUCUCCGCGAUCUGGCACCUGCUCUGUCUGUCGCCCUCGUCGUUCUCUCCGGACAUGGUGGUUCGGCUGAUGGAUGUCCGGGAGGGACAGGGACGCAAGGUGGCGGCCAAGGUGCUCUGUCAGCUGCACUCGAUGCAGGUCGACGAACGCGACGAGUGCCGCUGACCUGACCUGAGAUGACCUGAUCUAGGGUUGAGGAGUGAGGAUAUCACUGAGGUGGUCGACGGUGACUUCACCUGACCUGGGAGGCCUGGCAGAUUCCGCCGGAAUGGUGGCCGACGACCGAACCUGACCCGGAGCAGGGUCGACUUCGCAGCGGGGCCGACCGCGGUUGGUGCCUCGCCCGGUCUAACCUGUGGCAGGGAGGAUGGGCAGUUGGGCACUGCGCAGGAGCCUCCCUCGGGAGCAAUGGACGAUGAUCUCGUCUGGGAACUUUGAGACGGCGUUGCAGUGCCGCGGUGAGAGAUUUGAGUGUCGUGCGCAGGGAUGUCGCAGUUUGUUUCAUACUGGGGAAAGGGGGAAUAUUUGUCGAUGUGUCGGUACUUGACCACUAAAUCGAUGUUUCUUUUUUAUCGAUGUCUCUUUGUUACUUGUCGAUUACGUGUGUCGUAAUGAAUAUAGUCGCGACUCUUA